AUGGUGGUGGGCGUGAUGGUCCUCGGUCAGCUACUGACGAGGAUUUUGCUCGCUGCCCAUGCGGGAGAUCGGCUCGCGGCCGCUCGCAGAAUACUCAGGGACGUGCCUUUGAUAGACGGGCACAACGACCUACCGUGGAACAUACGCAAGUUCUUGAAGAAUCAGCUGAGGGAGUUCAGGUUUGAUGACCUGAGGGAUACCCACCCCUGGUCCCGAAGCGCGUGGAGCCACACGGAUCUGAGAAGAUUGAAGGAGGGCAUGGUUGCUGCGCAGUUUUGGUCAGCUUACGUCCCCUGUUCCUCCCAACACCUCGACUCGGUUCAACUGGCGCUCGAGCAGAUCGACCUGAUUCGUCGACUGGUCAACAAGCAUCCUGAAAGCAUGGUCCUCGUCACCACGGCGGAAGGUAUAGAGAGGGCUCACAAGGAGGGUAGAUUAGCGAGCCUGAUAGGGGUCGAAGGGGGCCACGCGGUUGGAGCGAGUCUGGCCGUUCUGAGGAUGUUGUACGAGUUGGGCGCCAGAUACCUCACCCUCACGCACACAUGCAACACGCCUUGGGCAGAAUGCAGCACAGCGGAUGAACCCGGUCAAGUGGCACGCAUCGGCGGUCUGUCCAAUUUCGGCAAGAGUAUCGUGUUGGAGAUGAAUCGACUCGGGAUGAUGGUGGAUUUGUCGCACGUAUCCGUGCCCACUAUGCUGGUCGCCAUGAAGACGUCGAGGGCGCCUGUCAUUUUCAGCCACAGCAGCGCUCACGCCCUCUGCAAUUCCUCGCGAAAUGUGCCUGACCAUGCGCUGCGACGUUUGGCGCAGACAGAUGGUAUAGUUAUGGUAUCCUUCUAUCCCCAUUUUAUCAGCUGUGGCGAAAAAUCGACGUUGGAGGACGUAGCCGCUCACAUAGAUCACGUGCGAAAGAUCGCUGGUGUGGAUCACGUCGGGAUAGGGGCCGGCUACGAUGGGAUCAAUCUAACACCGACGGGCUUGGAGGACGUUAGCAAGUAUCCGGAGCUUUUCGCGGAGCUGUUGGCGCGUGGAUGGUCGGAGAGAGACAUUCAGAAACUGGCAGGCUUGAAUCUGAUCCGAGUGUUCAAGGCGGUGGAGAAGGUUCGAGACGACAUGGCCGCGGAUGGGGUGGAACCUUUGGAGGAGGAGAUCCCGCACGAGGAUAUAAUCGGUCGAGAUUACUGCCGUUACAACGUGAAACGACCGAUCGCCCCAUAAUCGUGGUUGAGAAUCGACUGGGAGAAAUAAUGGGGAACGGUUGAAGAAUACGGAAGGGAGGCAUUUCGAAUAAGGAGAUCGCAGUUGCGAGAACGAAACUCGCUUCGAAGGCAAGAUUCCAGAGGCCUCGUAAUUCUUUGCAUCCGAAUCGAGCUGCUCGAGUUUCCUUUCUUUCGAUCCUUUUCCCGCUGUUAUCCGCGAUUCUCGGCCGCGUAAGUGCGUAGAGCAGAUGGGCAAACUCGAUCUUCUCCCUUUUCGAACAUUGCCGUGUCGCGAACGAUCUCGCGGAAAAAUGUGGGGGAGAGUCGAUGAAAGGGUGAAAGAGCUCGAUUCGCGAGAUUUCAUUCAUCCCUUCCGGAAGGAGAGAAGGAUGGAUCGUUGCGAGAUACACGAUGCACGGAGAGAGGAACGUUGGAGGAACUUUCGAAGACCAAAGGCCGGCGUUCGGCCGUCGAACGCUUAAGAAUUUAAGCUGCCAUAAUCGAUGUGUUUAAUAUUUGCACUCAACGAUUUUCUUUCGUCGAUGCUGGAACCAAGAAUCGCGCGUUCUAGUCAAUAUGAUAAAUUACAUUAUGUAUAAAUAUGUACACAUAACGAUCGAUUUCGCGAACGACUGACACCGAUCGUGAGAAAUCACUCACGAGCGGUGACUAUUAUUCGAUUCGAGUGGACGACUGCUUCGAUGUGUGCCCUGACCGUGUAUGCGUGCGUGUGCGUGUGCGUGUGCGAGAAAGAAAGAGAACUAACGAUGUUUGUACAUACGGUACCUGAAGUCGAUGAACAUAUUGAACAAUUCCUCCUUAUAGAACAAACCGACCAGACAAAAUUUUCAAUCGGAAACAAUUCAAUUCUUGAUUCUUGAAAAAUCAAGCGAAUAAUUACUCGUACAUGAUGCGUUUUCGUUAAAAAGAAGAGAGAGAGAGAGAAAGAAAGAUUUCGUAUUCGUUCGUAAAACUCGUAGUAUCAAUCUCGAUUUAGAAGAUUGUUUAGAUGGCCGGUUUGAUCAGACUGUCGCGGAGGGAAAACUAGAUUAAUCAAAUUAGGCUCGAAGAAGCUUGGAAAAAAAAAAAGAAGAAAAAAGUGAAAACGUUUGACAAAGUCAACGGAGUGCGCUUUUGCGACGAGAAAACUUUUUCCUACGAUUUUGCACGAUCGAAGUUGACGUCGACACGCGCGUCGAUGUCCCGUUGUCACGAUGUGUUCACAACGAUGACAUUUUCGAACGCGUCUCAUUCAUUGUAACCACCACUUUAAGGCUCGUAUAUUCUAAUUAACGCACCGAGUAAAUAUCCUUUCUUAACGAUGUUUUUACACUAAACUUUUAAUAUAGCCAGAUUUUAAAAACAGGCGAGCAUGGAGCAAAAAAAAAAAGAAAGAAAAGAAAAGAAAAGAAAAGAAAAGUAAAGAAAAUGCGUAGAGCAUAUGAAAACAAGUCGAGAAACGUACUAUCAACUUCCCUCGUGCCAUCGAUUACAAUUUGAUCGUUAAUUUUUACGCGAAUCUGCGUAAUCGUUUGAAACUUAUUAUAUCACUUAUGUUCCGAUCGAAAAAAAAAAAAAGAAAGAAGAAAGAGAAGAAGGAGAUAGAAAGAAAAAAAAAUGAAUCAUAAGACUUGUUUCGUAUCGAUCGAUGUAACGAUCAUUCGUGUGCAAGUAGUCAAGAUCAACGAAGCGCCAGCCUCGUGUGAGUAUAUCCUACAUUUCAAACGUUACUGAUACCAAAAAAAAAAAAAAAAAAAAU